AUGAGGAUUCUUCUGCUGUCGGUGUUUGUGAUUGGUUUGUUAUCAACGGAGUACGGACGAGCUGCGAAACAAACUGGCAACCAGUAUUAUUUUUGCAAUUGCGGCAAGAACUCGAAGCUUUUGAUUUCAUUGAUGAGAAAACUGCUAAGCAAAUGUUCGGGGAAGAAAAUUCCAGAAAUUGGAUCAUGCCCAAAAGCGCCUAAAAACUGCCAAGAMGUUUUCACGAAAUGUGGUGGCAAAAAGAGCGGCGUGUACAAAGUCAAUCCCGAUGGUAAAGGAGAAUUCAAGGUCUACUGUGACCAGAAGACUGCAGGGCCUCCCCCUGGGAGGGUAGUAUUCCAGAGAAGAAAAGAUGGUUCGGUUGACUUUUACCGAGGAUGGAAUGACUAUAAGAGUGGUUUUGGAGAUCUUAAAGGCGAAUUCUGGCUUGGCCUCGACAAGAUUCAUAGAUUGACGCAUCAAACACGAAACCGUCUUCGUGUUGAGGUUGAAGACACUAAAGGAAAGAGCGCGUAUGCCGAGUACGACUACUUUGAUGUGACCAGUGAACGAAGCAAAUACAAGUUAAGUCUUGGAACUUACUCAGGUAAAUCACAUUUGUGCAAAAUAAUUUCUUUUUACCAAAGGAAAAUUUCAUCCGCUGCAUAUGGCGUUCACAGUACGUUCACCAUCCGGAAAAUCUGACAUAUAAGAGAACGCACGAAAUUCUCUUGUAAGUGGAUGACCCACAAAUAUUUUCAAAAGCUGUAAAUAAGAUUUGUAAGAGGGCUUUAAAUGAUAGCACAAAAACAAAC